AUGUCGAAGCUCUCGCCCAGCUUGAAGGCAUUGAUUAACGCCCCGGCCGCCCGGCCGCAUACCGUGCCGGCGCCGGCGAAUAUCGCCCACGUCUACCAUACCAUCCAGCAGACCGCGCUGGCCAACAGCGUCUCACAGCCGGCUUGGCUCGCGCUUUCCACCGCCGCAACAAUGACCAUGAACUCGCCCGAGUCCCUCACAGCCCUACACCAGCUCGCAUCCAAGACCUCUCCGCCCGUCGCAUCCGCCGAGCUCAUGCGCGAAGUCGGGCUGAAAUGCAUCAGCUUCAACGGCAUUCCCCGCACAAUAAACUGUUUAAACGCCUUCCACGCCAGUCUCCCCUCCGACGUCACAGCCGCUCUCUCCACAAGCCCAACUCGCACGCCCACCCCCGCCAACAUCGCCUCUAUCAGCGCGCGCGGCCGCGCCCUCUGGGACUCGAUCUACCGCCCCUUCGAGAAUAAGCUGUACGCCAAGCUGGGGGCGUCACACCCCGAUCUGCCCGUGCACAUCCUGCACGCGAACUACGGCGCGCUGCUGUCCGAUCCGGUGCGCGAGACCGGCGCCUCGGUUGGCCGGGUGGUGACCUCGAUCGUAGCGGUGGCGUGUCUGCGGGCGCAGACGGGUGUUGGCCCGCAGGUUCUGUCACAUGUUUUUGGGCUUCGGAAGGCACUUGAGGAUGGGAGUUGGGCGACGGAUGUGGAGAGUGAGGAGGGAGCGAGGUGGCUGGCGAGUGAUGAGGGGAAUGUGUGGAUAUUGACGAGUGUCGAUCAGAUCGUUGAGGCGAUCAGUGGUGGGACCGGGUCGAACUUUGCGCCUGGGAGGGCCAAGCUGUAA